GCUUCUGUAUGCUUUGACGGGGCGCCGACUUCAUUGGCAGAGCAGCAUCUGGCUCGCUUGCCGUCGUGAGAGCAGUGUGUGGCUAUUGUUGGCUCAUGGCACCGGACAAAGGUUUAUGGGCCGGGCGGAGUUAGGGUACAGGAGGAGCUGCUAUACCAUUGUGCCGGGUCACGCUUCGGUAUCAAUGGCGUGCUACCGGCACAGGCAUUGGUGCCAUACGGGCCCUGCCUCGGAACGAUCAUGUUCUGCCCGAUGCUGUCCGAGCGCAAAUGUCCGAGACAUGGUCUGUAUUUCCCGAGGCAGAUUGCUCCGUGUGGCGACCUCGGAGGAUUCUUAGGUCUAUGAGGGUCGAGCCCUGUGGCGUAAAUGCCGCUCCCGCAGAUCGCGCGAAUGGAGUGCAG